AUGGAUGCGUUGCGCACAGCGAAGACGACGGGCCAGCCCAAUUAUCAGGCGAAAACUACACAUGUUCUUCGGCCACACCAUAUCGGCCUGCUCUCCGUGCUCGCCAUCUCCUAUAAGGAAUUCGAAAGCAAAGAAGUCCCGGCACCUUUCUUGCUCCACAUAAAUAGGUUGAUGCUGAAUGAGAUCUCCGAAGUGGCAGAACCGAAACCCUGGUACCAGCUUAUACAAGAGCUGUCUAGUGGUCCUAUGGCGGAUGUUGCCGAUGCACUGUAUUUAAUUGAAUCUGUUAAAGAUGUGUGGAUGUCGGUCAUGCUGAUAGUCCCUCAGCAUAAGUCUAUCCGCAAUGGCGCUGACAUGCUUAUUUUCUUCCAAGGUUGGGAUGCGAAUCGUUUGAUGUUCGGUUCUUUACUGAAUGAGGAUCUAGGUGUUGCCGCCCUCUUCCAGGACAACGAUGAUCAGGAGCCUGCAUUCACGCGACGCUCGCCAUUCGGCUACUUCUGCAGGAGAUGCUGGGUCACUUUCCAGAAGUUGUCUUGGGAGGGUGUCCUAAGGUUGCAACGCGACUACGCAGCUUGGCGCGCCGGAGACCUGCAAGCUGGUUACAUCGAUGGGCCAAUGGACCGAUUAAACAGUGACAAUCUUCUGUUCAGGACAAGCCGGGAUAAAAAGAAAUUUGCUACAGCCGAGAGAUAUGCCGAAUACGAAAAGGCGCGCGAUGUCUCAGACCUGAGCACAGCCGUGGAAAGCCUCCGCAGGUACUUCGAGCAGCUAUUUCACACCGAAAAUGACAUAGGAUAUAGGCAUUAUGCGUUGCUCGAGCUUGUUCGUUAUCAUUGGAAACGCCGGGAGUGGACGGUGGCGCGGGACUUGCUCGUCGAAGCUCAGGAACUCGCCGAGAGGGCUGGUGAUUGUGUCAUGGAUGAGUAUUGCAAGAGCUUGGCCUCUCGUCUGCCCCCAAAGGAUCUCGGGGCAAAGCAGCCCUUGAAUACCAUCCGACCUAAUGUGCAUCCUUACGAAAUCCUGUACGACGUGAAAAAGCUCAUGCAAGUCAGCUAUGAACAACCCUUGUCGGCUUCAUUUGAAAAGGUGUUGGAAGCUAUCACCGCCUUCGAUCACUGGGCAGAGAAGGAAGCAUCAGCACAGACGGACGUUGAGCAAUGGGGGCAACAUGCUGUACAGUCUUUAGUAUGGAAUAAUGCUGGAUGUCUUCGGAUGAGCGAAGUGGAGGAAAACAUUGUAAUAGCUUUCACUGAGACGGCUAGCGAUGACAAUAAUCGCAUAACAGUGAUCGUAAAUCGAGCUAACAAGGAAGCAAGAAGGGGGAAAUAUCGCGAAGCUCUUUCUAUGUUACUGGAUCCGGACACCUGGCGUGGGCUGUCAGUCAUAGACUAUGAACAUCUUUGGGCAAGCGAGUUGUGGCACGUUCUUGCUCUGCGAGCCGCCAGGAGAGGCCAGCUUCGAGUCUUCAACGAAUUUCUGCAACCCAAAAGGCCUGCUAGUUACAAACAUCGAGACUACUUCGCAGACUUGCCUCCGUCCGGCGGAUCUCACAUACGUGACCGGUUGUACGAGGUCAUAUACUACCUGGUCAUUAACGGCGACGACAUCGAGCAAAGAGCACUCGCGUGUUUCACUAUGGCCCGGUGUAUAAUCGUAGCCGGAGGAUCGGAAAGUUCCAAUCUGCAAGAAGCCAUAGGCUUUCUGGAUACAGCCGAGGCAGACUACACGACUCUCGAGAUGUAUCCUUCUGUGGUGAAGGUGCAGUACUUAUUAGCGGUCAUCUAUAACGCCCUCGGUCGGGAGGAGGGUCGAGAUGCCGCAGCUGCGAGACAUCUCGCAGCGCAGUCCAAACUAGAGGAGUGGGCUGCGGCUGCGGUGGACCAGGAAACACAGGCCAUAUGGACUUUGGCAAUGGACGUAGGAGCCUCUCUCUCGGCGAGAUAG